ACAGUUUUUGUUCUAUUGCUGAUCCACCUCAAAGUGUCAAAACUAGUCAAAUCCCAGCAUUUGAAUUUAUAUUUUGGCAAGGGUCUUUUUGCAGGUAUCUUCCACACUGUACGUUGAUGGGUCAUUUUUGAAUCUGUACGUCAGUACUUUGACUACUAAGUUCAGGUAAGAUGGGCCGUGGUUACAUAGUAGACGAUACUGUGGAGGUAUAUCUGUCCAAACUAUGUGAACAACAAUCGGAUCAUGUCACUGGCCUGGUCAUUGGACAGAACUCAAUUCAGAGGGAUUUUGUCGUCAUGGCAUGUCGAACACCCUCAAGAGAGGAGCCCCUUGUUGGUGCAGGAAAGUCCCCAGACAAAGAAUGGAUCAGUGAGCACGCUCGACAGGUUUCCAGAAUGUUGCCUGGGGGCUUGUCUGUGAUAGGAGUAUUUGUCAUCUCUGAUGCCGAUGCAAAGGAAACACUAGCCUCACUUCGUCAGCUGGUGUUUGCAGUGCAGCGCCUGAUAUCCUCUGAAAGCCUGUGGAAAGCUGAUGAUAAUGAAGUCACAGACUGCGUCACACUGCAUAUCAACCCCAAAUCCAGAAAAAUUAGCUGCAGAACAUUUGAUAUAAAAGAUCCCAAGAGUUUGGCCAAGCCUGCUGAUUGGAAGUAUCAAGCAGCCGUAUGUUCCUCCUGGUCCACAAUGAGUUGUUGUGUGAAGGUGGACUUACUUGUUCCGCUACCAGACAACAAAGCCUGUACAAAGAGCAUGGAUGAGUGUCUUAAAGAGGGACUGAAAGUGUGGACGUACCAGAUUGAGAAUGCAGUCUGUUUGAUUGAUGGUAUCCAGCUGCCCGAUGAUGCAGAACUCACAGCAGGACAGAAGAGGAAUGUGAGACAGGUGCUCACCGCUCAGCUGCUCGUCACACCGGCACAACAGGACACUUUAAGAGACGUGGUCCAGCGGUGUGGAGGCGCCUUGUCUGUCAGAGGAGCCAUCCACAGUCGAGCUUACGUACACAACAACAAACCAAAGGCCAAACUGGCUGAGAAGAUUCUGAAGAAAGAUGUGGUCUCUACGAUGGUCACGAGAGUUCAGAUGCUGCUUGAUGAGCUUUUGGCUCCAGAAGAUGAGAGCAAGGGAGUCGGCACAGACAAACCGGGGACGGAGCAAUUCUGCCUCCCCCAUCGUGUCUUUUGUCCUGCAAAGGGGAAUGGGAGUCUUUGUGUGUGUGACUACCGGUUCAACGACGAGGACCCAUCUGAGGUGAUUGACAGGUUGAAAGAAAUGUUGGACGUCAACGCAGCUGAUCAAAACUUGGAUACCAAGCAAGAAAUUGUUGCCGAAAUCAUCGAAAGUGGAGAAUCAGAAGAUUCCACUGCAGAAAUUGCUGACGUGCAAGAACCAAAAAGAAACAACAACUACAUCGGUGUUGCCAUGGCCACUGUUAUCGCCCUUCUCGCCACUGCCGCUUCGAUGCUCUACCUUCAUGACAUUUGACACAGGCACACCAAAAUAUUUGAACAUCAAAUCCAGAUUAAAUCAUUCAAUUGACUUCUG